UCCUAACCCACGAUCAUCCAUCAUGGGAACCACCACCACCACCACUGCGGUUCGCUACUCCACCGGCGAAGUCGCCACCUCCGAAUCCGCCAAGGCAUUCCCGUGGGAAGUUCCCGUCCCCGUGAACCCCUUCUGGGACAGUAUCGAAUACUGCACCGCGCGGGGCUUCAUCGUCAACUUCACUGAUUCGGAACGCGAAAGUCUUCCCCUCGACACAUCCAGCACUGCGGAGCAGGACACCAAACUCCGUCUCCUCCUCCAACUCCUCAAAGACAAGCUCGCGCAGGAGGAAUCUAGCACCACCCCGCCCCAAUCCCUCUACGAGAAGGAUUACCAACGCUGGUACAGACUCUGGUCCGGGAUCUACACCAUCCAGAACGAUCUGGAUCUUCCUGAGGCGGAGCAGACGGUGCGGAUGUUGGUCGAGAAACGCCCGGAUCCGGAGAAUAUCGUCCCCGUGCAUAUGCUAGCCGGGUAUCUGCUCAAGGUGGGAAAGUAUGAGGAGGCGGAGAAGACGGCCAGACCGGUGUGUGCUUGGAUGGAUGCCGUGCCACGGCUGGGGAAGGGAUCCCCGCAGGCGCUGAAUGCGCGGCGGUUUAUUGCGAAGGCGGUGUGGUUUCAAGGGGUGGAGAGGAGGGAGGAAGCGGAGGGGUUGGUGAAGGAGUUGCAGGGUUUGGUAGAUGGGAUGGGUGGGGGCAAGUUUGAGGUGUAUCAGGAGGAGGAGCGCAGGUUGAAUGGGGAGUUGUUGGCGGAUUUGGGGUUGGUUUCGUCUGCGUGAUGGGUAGAGUUGGGAGUACGGCUAAAUCGGAUUUGAUGCUAGAUGAUAUAUGAGUUAGUGCGCGUAGCUGAUAAUUGAAGGGAUGUCGCUUGUGCUUGCGGGGAAUAAUAG